AAUUUUUUCCGCACAGAUAGGAGAGCAAUUUUGCUCAGAUUAGAUUCGUUUUUAUGUUUUUAAAGAAGAGGGUAUUUUAUUAGAUUGAUCAUAACGACUCAUUCGUAUGAAAUUUUCAAUGUCUGAAUACAAGCAAAAAAGCAAGUAUACAAUGAGUGUAAUAUAUUUGCUUCAGAAAGAUACUAGAUGUAAUACUAAUGGAAUGGAAGUCGACGAAACGAAAGUACGGGUGCCUUUGCUAUUUUGGAUACCAAUACUAUUCUGCGGCGUGUUGCUGUUUUUCGCCGAUGUUCUCGAACACCAAUUUACCAUACGAUUCACCAAAUCGCUGUUCACCACGAGCGGCUCGUUUGAGGAUCGCUCGUUAGCCGGCUUCACGAUCAGCAAUCCCGGCUGUAAAAUACCGUACAUGGACCCGUUUGACGAGAACAUCGCCCAAUUCAUCAAGCCGCCGUCGAAGCCGAUGUGCAACAACGGAAAACCUCCUCUUUUUGCUUCCAAUUUGACUUCGAUUUUUUUAUUAGAAACGUCUUUGCCAAAAUACAAUGUCUCCGACGAGAACGAGCUGAAAUGUUGCUAUAAGCCCUUUUGGCGAAGGGAGCCGGAGAAUGGCGAAAGUGAUAAUAAAGUUGUUGUAGACUCUGAAUGUCAUGCCUUCCAAAAAAAUACGGAUAUAACAGAGGAAUUUAUAAUAGUAAAUUGUACAUACGACAAUACUACAAUAUACAUAGACACAUUCUCUUUUGUACCGUUGAAAAAUACCACAGGAAUCGGUACUGGUGAUAAAAAAUUGAACGUUCUUCUCAUAGGUUUAGAUGCUGUAUCGAGGUUAAACUUACAUCGGCAGAUGCUUAAGACUGUAAAUUAUUUACAAGAACAAGAGGCUGUAGAAUUACUAGGAUACAAUAAAGUAGGUGACAAUACUUUUCCCAAUUUAAUGCCAGUUCUGACGGGUUUAUUUGAAGAAGAACUUAAAAGCAGUUGUUGGCCCAGUCUAACGGAUCACUUCGAUAAUUGUUCUUUCGUUUGGAAACUCUUCAAGGAACGAGGAUACCUCACUGUCUACGGAGAGGACGCUUCCUGGAUGGGACUCUUCAACUACCAAAGGAAGGGUUUCCGAAAACAAACCACCGACUACGCUUACAAUUAUUUCAACAGAUUCAGCGAGGAACUUAUAGGAAACUCUCACGUGAUGAACGUGUUCCAGUGCGAAGGCGGCAGAUUAAUUUACAAAGAUUUGUUAGAUUACAUUUCCAAGUUCGUAGCAACCAUGAAUGAAAAGAGCUUGCCCUAUUUCGGGUUCUUCUGGGGAGCAAGUUUAUCCCACGAUAACCUAAACAUGCCUAAUAUUGGAGACCAAGAUUACUAUAUAUUUUUUAAGAAACUUUUAGACGAAAAACUCCUAGAUAAUACAGCGUUGAUUUUCAUGAGCGACCACGGGAUCAGAUGGGGCGACAUCCGCCAGACGUUUCAAGGCAGAAUGGAGGAAAGACUGCCUUUCGUUUAUUUACUACUGCCCAAAUCGUUUCGACAGAAACACUUCGUAGCUUACGAAAACUUGAAGGUGAACACCAGGCGACUAACCACUCCGUUCGACCUGCACGAGACUCUACUAGAUCUGGCUAACACGGACCUACUGGACGAGGAAAAUUUAACGUACACGAACCAGUCCAGAAGAGGGAUCAGUUUCUUCAGGAGAAUCGACAAGAACAGAACGUGCGAGGACGCUGCCAUAACCAGCCACUGGUGCACGUGCCAGCAAAGCGAGCAAAUCAACAUCACUUACACGGUAACUGAAGCUGCCCGUUCGGUGGUGAGCAACAUAAACUACAUGCUCAGGGGGUACGCUCAGUGCGCUGAGCUUGCAUUGGACGAGGUCAUAAAUGCGAGGAUCAUGCGGCCGCAGAUGACUGGAGACUACAAGAUUUUCGAUUACAUGUUAACGUUGAGGACGUCGCCGAACCAAGCUGUGUUCGAGGCCACUGUGAGGACCACUGAGAAAAAUAACAGCUUCGAAAUCAUAGGGAGCAUCAGUAGAUUGAAUCUGUACGGAAAGCAGAGCCUUUGUAUUACGGAUUUUCAUUUGAAAUUGUACUGUUACUGCAAAAAACUGCUGCCCUAGGUUUGAAAACGAUGAAUGAAGACUUUAAAUCGUCUGGAGAAGAGCGAGCUAGAGGAUUGGAAACGGCCGAUAGAGCGUGAAGUGCAGAGAAACUCGAUGGCGAAAUGAAAUAGACCUAUUACUUAUAAAUUGUAUUUAAAAAAAGCG